CAAGGACACCCUGUGAGUGGACAUGCCUCUACAUAUAGAUACACCCUUGAAAAGUCUAAGCGUAAACUCACAGAUGAACAGCGGAAGUUUUAUGAAGAAAAUGGCUUCUUAGUGAUAAAGAAUCUAGUUGACAAGUCAGACCUUGAAAAAUACAGGCAGAGGUUUGAACAGAUCUGUCGUCAGGAAGUUAAAGUACCUGGAAUGACAAUCAUGAGGGAUGUCUCCAUUGUUAAAUCUGAGUUUGUACCUGAUCAGAAAGCUGUGACGAAGAUUCAGACCUGGCAUACAGACGAUGUGCUCUGGGAGUACUGCUGUCAUCCAAAGAUAGUAGAUUAUGUUGAAUGUUUCCUGGGUGAAGAUGUUCUUGCCAUGCACACCAUGUUAAUCAACAAGCCCCCAGACCCGGGCAAACUUUCAUCCCGGCACCCCAUGCACCAAGACCUGUAUUACUUCAGUUUCCGACCAGUAGACAGGAUAGUGUGUGCAUGGACAGCCAUGGAGAAAAUCAAUCGAGAUAAUGGCUGCCUUGUUGUCCUGCCAGGAACUCACAAAGGGGAGCUACUCCAACAUGAUUACCCAGAAUGGGAGGGCGGUGUAAACAAGAUGUACCAUGGAGUACGGGACUACAAUCCGAACAUGCCAAGAGUUCAUCUUGAGAUGGAGGCAGGGGAUACAGUGUUCUUUCAUCCUCUUUUGAUACAUGGUUCUGGUGCUAACAGGACAAAAGGAUUCAGAAAGGCAAUAUCUUGUCAUUAUUGUACAGGACAUUGCAAUUUUGUAAAUCUGAAAGGAACUCUUCAGCAGACAAUUGAAGACGAGGUGCUAGAAUUGGCGGAGAAAAGAACUGGAAUUCCAAAAGAUCAAAUCAGAUAUGAGGACAUCUGGAAGUUCCGAUCCAGAGUUGUGAAAGGCAAAGCAUCAUUCCACGACGACUAAACAAGUCUGCAACUGUAACCUUGACAUUUGAGUUGGACAUUGGAUACCAAUUUUUGAAAUAGACUGUGAUUAUUUUGAUUUCCAAUCAACAGGAUUGAUAACAUAUAAAAGAUGACAUUGUGUAAACCAUUCUGUGAUUUUUUUAUACCUCAGUAUUAUAGCUAGUCUUGGUGUUAAUGGAGAAAAUAUGUUUAAUACUGUCAUUAGAAAGUCAGAAAUUAAGUAAACUUUUUAACAUUUUAAUCAAGUAAUACUAGUACUGUAAAUUCAUUUGAUUUUGCGGUCACAAAAUUUUGUGGUUUUGUAAAAAAAUUUUUAGUGGGUUCUUAAAUCUGUGAAUUGUCUGUUUUAGAAAAAAAUGCAAAUAAUGUAAUAAGAAUAAUCGUACAGUAGACAAAAAUAUUUUGUUGUAUAUUAAAUUUGUGGAUUGACCUAUAGGCAAAAAUUAGAUGAAUAACUGCAUGAUGCAUAAUCAUGAUUUACAAUUAGUCAGAAAAAAAGGAAAUACUAUGUGUUCACCUGUAUCAGUGUGUAUUAUUAAUGUUAAUUUGUUGUGUAUAUGAUCAAUCAGACAAUUAUCAAAUAAAGGUAUACAGUCUCAAAGAAAACAAUCAUUUAUUAGUUCAAAAUUUACAGUAUUUAUUUUAUCUUUAGAUUUUAUCGUAGUUUACUGAAAGAUGGGGGUUCUACUCUGGCCUUGUGUUCACGAUCAGGAUCAAAUUUAAAAACUCAAAUAUUCUCCAUUGUUUAUCCUCAAAGAUUAAUAUUUAAUAUUAACUUAUAAAUUGGACUUAAAAAAGCAUGUUUAUGAAAUUUUUAGAAUAAAUUAAUUGUUACUUUUGCAAAAUACAGGCAAUUUACAGUUGAUCAAUAUAUUGAUCUCGAUCUUUAUUUUGAUCCGAAUAGUUUUGUAUUUGUUUGUAUUUGUUGAUUUUAUCCCAAAAAAGGUUUGUUAGAUCAAUCAAUUUUAGAGUUAUAAAACAAUGAAAGUAAAGUCAAAUGAUCCUGAUCCUGGUCAUUUCUUAGUGAACACGGGGCCUGGUGCUAGCUUGUAUGCAUGAAAAAAUGCACAAAGAGAUAUUUAACAUCUUUCAAUAAAUUUUCAUUCAUACAUAAACAUUGUAUUACCAGGUCUUUAAUUUGUUAAAGUUUGUUUAUUAUUCUAUUUGUUUUAUAAUGCUAUAUUUUUUUAAACCAGACUAAAUAGUUAUUGCUUUUAUUGGUGGUUUUAUUCAUUAUAGAAAUGUAAAAACAGAUACGUCUCAUUUCAAACCUGAACGAGAAAUUUUAUAUUACUGUUAGUGUUCUUGUUGAUUAUAAAGAUUAUAAAAAAUUAUUCAUAGAA